CUGAAUUCAUGGUCGUACUGUAAUGAUAUUGAUAACGAAACUUAUAAGGAAAUGGCUUCAAAAUCCUCAAACAAGUUUUGUGGAAUCUGUUCUAGAAGAAGUAUAUCCAACAAAGCUGUAAAGUACUGUACACACUGCGAGGAUGCUCUUUGUUCAGACUGUGAAGAUUAUCACGGAAAUAUUAAAACUUUUGAUACACACCAUAUGAUAGAUAUUGAUAUCAUUGAGGGUAAACCAUUUGUUGUCAGUACAUCCUGCAAGGUUCACCCAGAUAUGGUUUUAGAAUAUUUUUGCUCCGACCAUGAUACGUUGUGCUGUCGGUCAUGUAUGGCUAGUGCUCAUCGCUCAUGUGAAAAGGUACUUCCAACUGAAGUAUCUGCAAAAGGGGUCAAAAGUUCAGCCAGGUAUGAAGAAAUUGUCAAAGAUGUCACUACAUUAAAUUCCGCAGUAAACGAACUGGAAGAUAAAAAGAAAAAGUCAACUGUCAGUCUUAAAGAUAGUAAGAUGACUGUUCAACAAGACGUUAAAAACUUCAAAGCACGAUUGCUAAAACGCAUUGAAGACAAUGAAGCAACUUUUAUGUCUGAAAUAAACAAAAUCCAUACAGAUCUCUAAAACGAAGCAAACGACAAUCUUGAAAAGAUAUGUGAACAAAGAAGAAAGAUACAAAAUAUUGCUGAACAGUUUGAAACUAUAUCGAACCAUGGAUGUGAAAGUCAAAUAUUUAUGCUGAUAAAUAAGAUUAAAGACGAACUGAACUGCCAUGCAAAUGAUUUUCAGGAACUGCUGUCGUCACAAAAAGAUGUCUCUGUCUCUUUUAAACAGUCCGAUUUGCAGUUCGUUAUGAAAUCACAAGGUUCGGUUGAAAUCAAACAAGCUUCCAUUGAUGUCAAAUACCAACUAUGUAAGAUUCAGCAAGCGCAAUGUUUGCAACAACAGAUAAAGCUUCCAUCUAAAUUUUUGCUAGAUGUUAGAUUUAGUGUACCUUAUUCAAACCUUGUAGGCAUAAGUGUGUCAAAAGACAAUAGAUUGUUCGUGUGUAAUCAUUUUAACUCCAGUUUAUUUGUUAUGUCAGACAAAGGCAAAACAUUGGAAACAGUUCAAAUGGACGGGAAACAGUGGGGAAUAGCUAUGGAGGAAGACAAGAAUACAGUAUGGGUCACACUACCACAAAAACAGUCCGUUCAGUCAGUAGAUAUGCUUACAAUGAAGAAGCGUCGCCUGAUUAAAGUACCAUCGUGUGACUCUCACUUAUAUGUAUAUGGUAUUGCUAUUAUUGACGAACAAAUUGCUGUAGGUGGGUUCGGCAAAAUACACAUUAUCAGCAAAACCGGUGACCUAAAGAAGUCACUUGAGGUUGGAAAAAGUCUAGUUUACUCCAUUUCAGUUGGUCAUACACAUCAACUUUACUAUGCUCAGGCUGAUACAGGAAAAUCUACAUUAAAAAGCGUUAAACUAGAUGGAACAAUUGCGUCUAUCUGUGCUGAAGGUAUUGAAAACAUGACUGAUUUUAAAAGCGACAAAUUAGGAAAUGUUUACAUUCUGGAAUCAACAUCAUCAAAUCUUAAGCUGUUUUCGUUUGAAAAUAAAUCUCUUAAAACUAUACUGACAUCAAAAGAUGGACUUAAAGGACCAUAUGGUUUGGCUUUCAGUAAAGAUUUUUCUAAACUGUUUAUUUCAAAUUGCACUGCCGGUGAGAUAUUGGUAUUUUUGUGUAAUCAGAAAUAAAAAACAAUGUAAGUUAUAUAGCAAACGAAAAUUAAACCUCUGUAUGUUAUGUAUGCCUAUAUGAGGUCGGGGAAAGUAUACCAACUUAUUAUGGCCAUAGAAAAAUGUAGUAAAGAAGAAAAAUUUUGAUGAGUGCACAACAGUGAUUGAUUGGUACAGUUUGAUAAUUGUGAAAAUUAAUGAUAGUUACAUAAUUUGAUAAAUACAACUGAGUUUUAAUAUUCCUUUAAUAGUGACAUGGAGAAGGGUGUAUACAGGCAAAAGACAUAUGUCUAAAAUACUAGAACGUAACAAAUAUUUCAGAAUAAUAUUGCUGUUCAUUAUAAUGUUAGUUUGUAUUGGAAGGUGUUCCUUGAUAAUACACGAUAUAUCUACAUUUUUUUACUAGAUAAAGUCAAUAUACGUAUAAAUUUAGUACACUGUCCUUUCGUCAAUCGG